CUUCUAGACUUUUCUCCACAUUCACCAGAACUUUCUUCGUCUUGAUUAAAAUCUCACUCCUCCCCUUUACUUCUCGUGAAUCAAGAAAUCAACCAAUCAAUACUCAAUUCUAAUCUCAAAAGAAACAAAAUCAUGAGCAGGGUUGCAAUUUCUUCUCCAGGAGAUCUGGAUUUUGGUGGUUUAGUGAGCCAUCUACUGGACGUCCCUGACGCACUUGGGAAGGUAAUCUUCCCUUCUUCUCGUUCUCAUCACGGAAAUGGCGAAUCGGAAGGCAACAUUGAGGUGGAUAUACUGGAGACACCCAAGGAACUGAUUAUGUACAUGGACGUCCCUGGUUUAUCCAAAUCCGACAUCCAGGUGACGGUGGAGGAGGAGAAAUUACUGGUAGUGAGAAGCAAUGGGAAGAGGAAGCGUGAGGAGAAUGAUGAGGAAGGAGGGUGCAAGUACCUGAGACUGGAAAGGAGACCUCCUCGGAAGCUGAUGAGGAAAUUCCGGCUACCUGAUAACUGCAACAUGUCGGCCAUCACCGCCAAGUGCGAAAACGGUGUGUUGACAGUGACGGUGGAGAAGAUCCCUCCGCCACCCAAAUCCAGGACUGUUGAAGUAGCAAUUGCUUGAAGUGGAUAGUAAUUUUAGGAUUUAGGAAUGUUUAUUUGGGUUUGGGUUGGGGUUUAGUUCCUGUAUAAGUUGAUUUUAUGUUAUGGUGUAAUGUAAUGCAGUGUCGAUAUGGUUUGAAUCGAUGAACUAAUUUUCAAUUCGUAGUAGGUUUCCACUUUCAGUCUCGGAAAAAAGGGGUUAAUGGAAUGGACCAUCAGUUAUUGUGAUUUUGUUCAAUUUUUUAAUUGGAGUAUUUAAUUAUACAC